UCUGUUUCCCAUUUGUCGUCUUCUCUGCUUCCAUCCCCCACCCUCACUCACUCAACCACUCCGCCAAUCUCUGAGGCGUAGAGGGCGGCUGCGGCAGAAGUCUGAUUUUUGAGAGAGAGUGGCAAUUUCGGGGUUAUGGAAAACAAUUGUCGGGAGAAAAGUAAUUUACCGUUUAUAUCAAUCAAGAGAAGCUGGCCAGCAUUGACUGCUUCUUGAUUCUGGAUUCUUGCUGCGCAACUGUACAGUUGUUGUUAAAAGCAGAAAGCAUGCAACCCCAACACGCAAAUUGCUUGUAAUUCAGCCGUCUUCUGAUUUUCGCUUAAUUUUACUCUUUGCAAACGUCCCAUCAUAUAUCGUUUGUGGGCUUCUCUUCAAGUAUAGAUCUGGUUUCGGAGAAGCGCGCAGUGAGAAUUCUGAUGGCGUCUCUAAUCACCUUCCUUAGUCCCAUCUCGAGAGCCUUGCUUUUCCCGUCGAAAUUGACUGCCUGCUCACUCGAUUCAUCUCCCGUUUCGAAAAAUCUCGCUUUUUCAAGAAAUGGGUCUGCGUUUCGGCCAGUUAUUGCGUCUGCUGUCACGAAUUCAAGCCAAAUCGAGUUUCCUACUGAUACAGAAUCCGCUAAAGUAUCUGAUGUCCCAAUUCUUUCUUGCUCAGAGGCAAUUGAAAGAUUAAGAACGUUUCGGGAAGUCUAUGGUGGCAAUCAGCAAUUUUUGGCUAUGUAUUCGAGCAUUUUUGGGGGGAUAACUACUGAUCCAACAGCAAUGGUGAUCCCGUUGGAUGAUCACAUGGUCCAUAGAGGGCAUGGAGUUUUUGAUACUGCAGCGAUACUCGAUGGAUAUCUUUAUGAGUUGGAUCAACACAUUGACCGUUUCCUCCGGUCAGCUGCAAUGGCCAAGAUAAAGCCUCCAUUUGAUAGAGAAAACAUUAGAAGCAUCCUCAUACAAACUGUGAGUGCUUCCAAGUGUACGACAGGAUCACUAAGGUAUUGGCUUUCACCAGGACCCGGAGAUUUCCAGUUAUCCCCAGCUGGAUGUCCUCAGUCAUCUUUUUAUGCCAUUGUAAUCAAAGGUCAGUCACCCCCUAGUUUUAAGGGCGUCAAAGUAGUGACUUCAUCGGUCCCAAUAAAGCCUCCCCAGUUUGCAUCUGUGAAGAGUGUGAAUUAUCUUCCUAAUGCACUCUCGAAGAUGGAGGCUGAAGAAAAUGAUGCAUUUGUGGGAAUUUGGCUGGAUGAGGAUGGGUAUAUUGCUGAAGGUCCUACUAUGAACGUGGCUUUUGUUUCGAAGGAGAAGGAACUUCUGAUGCCUCAGUUUGACAAAAUUCUUUGUGGCUGUACGGCAAAGAGGAUUUUAACGCUUGCACAAGGUUUAGUGAAGGAGGGAAAACUUAAAGGAAUAAGAUUAGGAAACUUGACUGUAGAGGAAGGCAAAAAAGCAGAGGAAAUGAUCCUUGUUGGCAGUGGAAUUCUCGUGUGUCCGGUGGUGCAAUGGGAUGAUCAAGUCAUAGGUGAUGGCAAUGAAGGUCCAGUGGCUCAGGCUCUUUACAAUCUUGUUUUGGAGGACAUGAAGUCCGGGCCGGCAACAGUUAGAGUUCCUGUUCCUUAUUAACAAGACUUCAUUUCCCUUCACUGUAUAUAACCAAUAAAACAUAUGCUGAAGUUCCAGUGCCAAUUGUAUGAAUCAUUUGUGAACAAAACAAGCUGUAGUCCUUAAAGUUUCAUAUUAGAAUUAUAUUAUUGAUUAGUCACUGAUUGUGACUAUUAUUGCCUGCUA